AUGGCCGCUGUUCAGGGAGCUAUUUCCAAGCGUCGCAAGUUCGUCGCCGACGGUGUCUUCUACGCCGAGCUCAACGAGUUCUUCCAGCGCGAACUCGCUGAGGAGGGCUACUCCGGUGUCGAAGUCCGUGUCACUCCCACCGUCACCGACAUCAUCAUCCGCGCCACCCACACCCAGGAGGUUCUUGGCGAGCAGGGUCGCCGCAUCCGUGAGCUCACCUCGCUCAUCCAGAAGCGCUUCAAGUUCCCCGAGAACUCUGUCUCCCUCUACGCCGCCAAGGUCCAGAACCGCGGUCUCUCCCGCCGUCGCUCAGUGCGAGUCCCUCCGCUACAAGCUCCUGAACGGUCUGGCCGUUGCGAGGUUGUCGUCUCCGGCAAGCUCCGUGCCGCCCGUGCCAAGUCCAUGAAGUUCACUGACGGCUUCAUGAUCCACUCCGGUCAGCCCGCCAAGGAGUUCAUUGACUCCGCCACCCGUCACGUUCUCCUCCGCCAGGGUGUCCUCGGAAUCAAGGUCAAGAUCAUGCGUGGCUCUGACCCCGAGGGCAAGUCCGGCCCCCAGAAGACCCUCCCCGACUCCGUCACCAUCAUUGAGCCCAAGGAGGAGCAGCCCGUCCUGCAGCCCAUGUCUCAGGACUACGGUGCCAAGGCCCUUGCUGCCCAGCAGGCUGCUGAGCAGCAGCGUCUGGCUGAGGAGCAGGCCGCCAGCGCAGAGGGUGGUGCCGAGGCUUACACUCAGGAGUAA